UUUCUAUGUCAGUCCCAUGGCUGAAAAUAGAGCCAUGUAACAGGAAACGUGUUGUGUUUCACAUUUAUCAACAAAACCUCAAACCUCAAGACCACACUGCCUCCAUUUUCUAGAACAACCUGUUUUGUGGUUGGUGGUUUUUGCCUCCAUCAACACUGAGAUCCAUUACCGAUGCUCAGAGGAACAGACAGGGUAGGCGGUACCACAUAUGACGUCAGCGUAGAAAUAGGUAGUCUCGGGGUGUGUCCUUCAAGGUUGGAGGUGUUAGUCGACGUUUAAGACGCCGUUGAGGGGAGACGAUAAAAGAGAAGUGAAGAAGAGAGCGUGUCAACAACACAAGACAUGGAUUUAACUCGGUUUUUGUCGCUCCUUUUAAUUUUCUGCUGCUUUUCUGCUUCAAAUGCCCAAACAGGAAGAGGAAAAGGACGGGGAUUCAUUGGGAUUCAGGACCCUAAAAACUCAGAACAAGUUUCUGUGGACAAGGCAACAUCUGACACACUGAAGAGUGGCCUCACCACAGUCUUCCUCCCAAUCAUCUACAUCCUCGUGUUUGCAGUGGGGCUGCCUGCCAACGGUAUGGCCGUCUGGGUGUUUCUCUUCAGGACAAAGCAGCAUCCGUCGUCGAUCUACAUGGCCAACCUGGCUCUGGCUGACCUGCUCUUCGUCAUUUGGACACCCCUAAAGAUUGCCUACCAUUUCGGUGGCAAUAACUGGACCUACGGGGAGCCACUGUGCAAAGUCCUGGUGAGCUUCUUCUACGGGAACAUGUAUUGCUCUAUUCUGUUCAUCGCCUGCCUCAGUGUGCAGAGGUACUGGGUCGUGGCUCACCCUCUGUCCCAGCAGAGGAAGAACAACAAAGUGGCUAUUGGUGUCUGUGUGGCCAUCUGGGCUUUCAUCUGGCUCUCCACCACACCUCUGUAUCUGUACAACCACACCGCCAAGCUCAAAGACCCCAACAUAACCACUUGUCACGAUGUCACCAUCAUCAAAGACCCCCUCAAUCCUUUCCCUUCUGUCCAGCUCCCCUACUACUACUUCAUCUUUAUGGGUAUGGUUGUGUUCCUCGUGCCUUGUAUUGUGAUCGUCGUGGCCUAUAUUCUGCUGCUCAAGACCCUGGGGGAAAGCAUAGGGGACAGCACGGCAACAAAAAACCGUCAGAAAGCCGUGGUGUUGAUUGUGACCGUCCUGGUGACCUUCCUAGUGUGUUUCAUCCCGAGUAACAUCAUGCUGGUGUUGCAUUAUUCUCUGCUAAAGGACGGAGUGGUAAAUAAUGGUUAUGGCUUCUACAUCAUUACAUUGUGUCUGGCCAGCCUCAACAGCUGCCUGGACCCGUUCAUCUACUACUUUGUGUCUGAGGACUUCAGAAACCAUGUGAAGAACACACUGCGGUGCAGGAGCAGCAGGACUGUAGAGAGGAUGAGGGUUUCUUUCAGUUCCAUGAAAUACUCCAGGAAGAGCAAAUCAUACAUGUCGAGUACUGGGGACACACAGAGCAGUACCUGCUAGUCAAAGAAAAGGAGAGAAAAGACUCUGAUGGGAUAUCAAGGAUCAUGCCUGUGCUUGUACUUAAGUGUACUGGAAAAAUAGCACAGUGCAGACUCUUUGGCACUGGGACACAGGAGAUAGGUCUGCGAUAAUGGAGCUACCAGGAAACCUCAAACAUCAGACAACCAAAGAUGAGUUCAUUUUAAAGAUGUAUGUGACAUACAUAUGAACUGUGGUGUGGCGUUUAAAAUGUGAAACACAUUUUCAUUUUUUAUAUAUAUUAUUUACAUGGAGAGUAGGCCUGUUAAAAACUGCAACAAACUGUCAGGUUUAGCAUUUAGUCCUCUUGGGGGCACAAAAUGUUUUUUAUAAUGCCUGAUAGAUGUGAGUUUCCCCAAGAUUUUGACUGACUAGUUCACUGCACUGAACACCAUUCAAAGCAAAUAAGACCUAUAAUAAAACAGCCAAAUGAACUUGAUGUGCUAAAAGAGGAUGGAACAAGAGUAUAUGGUUGUUGUAACUAGGGCCGCAACUUAUGAUUAUUUUCAUUAUCGAUUAAUCUGCCAAUUAUUUUCCAAUUAAUCGUUUAGUCUACAGAACAUCAGAAAA